CAAAGAAUUACCUUCUUGAUAAAGUUGUCAUCAAAUAAGUUCAGUUCUCUUAGGUAUUUAAAUUAUGGGUAUUUAUGGAGUUUACAUAGUUUCCAAAUCGGGUGGAUUAAUUUUUAAUCACGAUCACAAUGUCCCUGAAGUCAUAAAUGAGUUCAAUUUUACAUAUCCUAUAGAUCUUAAAUUGGUUGUUGAAAAUAAAAAAAUAGUAGUUUCAUUUGGACAGAGAGAUGGUAUAACAGUUGGUCAUGUACUGAUUGCAGUCGGUGGAAUACCAGUUACUGGUGUACAGAUGGAUGAUGGAAGAGACGCCUUCGAAGUUAUAAACAAUCCUGGAAAUUAUCCAUUAAGUUUGAAAUUUAGCCGACCUAGAGUAACAACGAAUGAGAAAAUAUUUCUGGCCAGUAUGUUUUACCCCCUCUUCGCUUUGGCUAGUCAACUUAGUCCUGAACCGAGGAGCUCUGGAAUUGAAGUUUUGGAGGCUGAUACAUUUAAAUUACAAUGCUUUCAAACGUUGACAGGUGUCAAGUUUAUGAUUAUCGCAGAUCCCGGUCAUACAGGAUUAGAUUCAUUGUUGAAGAAUAUUUACGAACUGUAUGCUGAUUAUGCAUUAAAAAAUCCCUUUUACUCUCUAGACAUGCCGAUCCGUUGUGAACUGUUUGAGAGUAAUCUACAGCUUUUACUCGAGCAAGCAGAAAAGUCUAAUGUUACUAAUGUUUGAUUUGUAAUUGUGAUUUUUAAACUGAGUAAUCUGUACAUAAUAAGUAUAUAUAAAAAAUAAGGAUAUACUCUAUUGGUUGAAAGCGCAAAUAUUGAGUAUCAGUUUUUGUAUUAAUUUUUCCUUUUAUGCAAUGUUUGGGCUAUCAACCAUGAAUCCAUCCCAUUAUUAUAAUUUUUUUUUAAAUAUUUGUUUAUAUUGUAUAUAGUAAUUUUUUGUUUAAAUUAUUCAGUUGUAUAUUAUGUUAUUUUUAAGAAGUUUUAUUCUUAAAAUCAUUUUUCCCGUUUAAAAUAUAAGCAUAUUUAUAUUUUUGUAAUGUUUUAAUUUGUUAUUAUAAAUAUUUGUACACAAAUAUUAUAAAUAUAUACCUAAAAAAACAAAAUAAUUUUUUU